AUGGCCGCGUCGUGGAAGGCCGCGACGGGCAAGAAGGACGCGGCGCCAUCGGCACCGCGGCCCCACUGCGCGCGCGACGUGCUCGUGUUCGCGGCUGGCGUGGCGGCGGCCGUGCUGGCAUUCCUGGGGCUUUCGUCCUUCGUGCUCGUGCCCGGAUGGCGCGGCGGCGGCGGCUUCGCCGCCUUCCCCGUCCCCGGACCGGCGGACGGGCCGCGCACGUUCUACGACGACCCGGACCUCUCCUACGCUUUGGACUGCCGCAUCACCGGGUGGGACGCCAAGCGCGCGGCGUGGCUGUGGUCGCGCGGGCUCGGCGCGGGCGCCGCCGGUAGCGAGGGGCGCCGGGGGCGACCACUUGUCACCUGCUCCUUCCUCAAGAACAAGCUCGACUACUGCCGGCUCCACGGCACCGAGCUCCUCUACGACAACGUGCUGCUGGAGCCGUCCAUGGCGACGUACUGGGCCAAGAUCCCCGCCGUGCGCGCCGCCAUACUGGCGCACCCGGACGCGGAGGGGGUCUGUUAG